UAUAAUCCAUUAUAUAAAGAUUUGUAUUUUCUGGAUUGUGCAUUGUCACCAUUGAUUUCGGUUUGCAGCUUCUGGGAUACAGAGAUAAAUUGCCUUUGUCGCUCAUAUAUCCGGCGUUGCACUACUGGAAAACCGUGAAGAAGUUCUGGCACAGGAGCAAUGGCUGCCGCUUUUGAAAUCACAGCAGCCGGAUUUGUACAAGGUGCCUACAGGCAGAAAUUGGCAUUGCCUAAACAUUCCUUUAGACAAGCUAACUGCUUACUAUGGGGAAGGUUUCCAGGAAAGCAGCCUUCUUUAAGAAUUUCUGGUGCACCAAGGCAAGUGAAGGUUAAAGCCGUGCUCUUAAAGGAUGUAGGCCAUUCAGGGAGAACAGAAUCAGAAUUGGAACACGUUCAGAGGGUUGCUGCAAAGGUUGUGCAUUUCUAUCGAGUUCCUUUACUGCAGGAUAAUGAAGCGGCUGAGCUUCUGAAGCUGAUUCAGUCUAAAGUUUCGAACCAAAUUAUAGGAUUGAAAACCGAGCAGUGUUAUAAUAUUGGUGUGGACGGUGAUCUUCCCAGUGAUAAGCAUUCAGUGCUUAGAUGGCUAUUGGGGGAAACCUUUGAGCCUGAGAAUUUGGGGACUGAGAGUUUUCUUGAUGAUGAGAUGAGAACAAACUCAAGUGUUGUUGUCGUAGAAGUUGGCCCUCGGUUGUCUUUCACCACUGCAUGGUCUUCCAAUGCAGUAUCAAUUUGUCGAGCUUGUGGUUUGACGGAAAUAAGCAGAUUGGAGCGGUCAAGGAGAUACUUGUUGUACCUUGCCCCUGGAAGUGGUUCGUUGGUAGAGAGUCAGAUCAAUGACCUUGCUGCGUUGGUGCAUGACAGAAUGACGGAGUGCGUUUAUAAUGAGAAGCUCACAUCUUUUGAAAGAGGUGUGGCCCCUGAGGAAGUGCGUUAUAUACCUGUGAUGGAGAAGGGCCGGAAGGCAUUGGAGGAAAUAAAUGAAGAAAUGGGUUUGGCCUUUGAUGAGCAAGAUUUGCAGUAUUACACCAAGCUUUUCAUGGAUGACAUCAAGCGAAAUCCGACGAAUGUUGAGUUAUUUGAUAUGGCCCAGUCUAACAGUGAGCAUAGCAGGCAUUGGUUUUUUACUGGAAAGAUUGUUAUAGAUGGGGAACCAAUGGACAAGACUCUUAUGCAAAUUGUUAAGAGCACUUUGCAAGCGAACCCGAGCAAUUCAGUUAUUGGCUUCAAGGAUAACUCCAGUGCAAUCAGAGGGUUUCCUGUGGGUCAGUUGCGGCCAACCCACCCAGGUUUGACGUGCCCACUGGAUAUGAGUGCUCGUGACCUAGAUAUCCUGUUUACUGCUGAGACCCAUAACUUCCCUUGUGCCGUGGCCCCUUACCCCGGUGCUGAGACAGGUGCCGGAGGCAGGAUCAGAGAUACACAUGCAACUGGUAGGGGCUCAUAUAUUGUGGCAUCUACAGCUGGUUACUGUGUUGGGAAUCUAAAUAUUGAAGGGUCGUAUGCUCCAUGGGAGGAUCAGUCAUUCACAUAUCCUUCGAACUUGGCUUCCCCGCUGAAGAUUCUCAUUGAUGCUAGUAAUGGUGCAUCAGAUUAUGGAAACAAAUUUGGUGAACCAUUGAUUCAGGGCUACACCAGGACUUUUGGAAUGAGGCUGCCAAAUGGGGAAAGACGAGAAUGGUUAAAGCCGAUUAUGUUCAGUGCAGGCAUUGGGCAGAUUGAUCAUAGCCACAUAUCAAAGGGUGAGCCUGAAAUUGGUAUGCUAGUUGUCAAGAUUGGAGGGCCAGCCUACCGUAUUGGAAUGGGUGGUGGUGCUGCAUCCAGUAUGGUUAGUGGCCAAAAUGAUGCUGAGCUGGAUUUUAAUGCUGUACAACGCGGAGAUGCAGAGAUGGCACAAAAGUUAUAUCGAGUUGUUCGUGCUUGUAUUGAAAUGGAAGAGAACAAUCCUAUCAUUAGCAUUCAUGAUCAGGGAGCCGGGGGGAAUUGUAAUGUUGUCAAAGAAAUCAUAUACCCAAAGGGUGCUACCAUCGAUAUCAGGGCAGUGGUAGUAGGUGAUUACACCAUGUCAGUUUUGGAGAUAUGGGGUGCAGAGUACCAGGAGCAAGAUGCUAUUUUAGUGAAUCCUGAAAGCCGUGACAUUUUACAGUCUAUAUGUAAAAGGGAGAGAGUCUCGAUGGCAGUCCUUGGAACAAUUAGUGGUGAAGGGCGGAUCACUCUUGUGGAUGGCUUAGCUAUGGAAAAAUGCAACUCAAAUGGACUACCUCCUCCACUGCCUGCAGUGGAUCUUGAGCUCGAGAAGGUACUUGGGGACAUGCCCCAGAAAACUUUUGAAUUUCAUCGAGUUGCUAAUGCUCCUCAGCCACUUGAUAUUGCUCCAGGGAUAACUGUUAUGGAGUCCCUGAAAAGAGUAUUAAGGCUUCCUUCUAUUGCUUCAAAACGAUUCCUGACUACCAAAGUUGAUAGGUGUGUGACAGGGCUUGUUGCACAACAGCAAACUGUGGGUCCACUUCAGAUUACACUUUCUGAUGUUGCAGUAAUUUCUCAAAGCUAUACUGGCAUUACUGGAGGGGCUUGCUCAAUUGGGGAGCAGCCAAUCAAAGGUCUUCUGAAUCCAGGAGCUAUGGCAAGGCUAGCUGUUGGAGAAGCUUUGACAAAUCUUGUUUGGGCUAGGGUCACUUCUCUCUCAGAUGUGAAGGCGAGUGGCAAUUGGAUGUAUGCAGCUAAGUUGGAUGGUGAAGGGGCAGCAAUGUAUGAUGCUGCUAUAGCUCUUUCAGAAGCAAUGAUCGAACUUGGCAUUGCUAUUGAUGGUGGAAAGGAUAGUCUUUCUAUGGCUGCUCAUUCAUCUGAAGAAGUUGUCAAGGCUCCUGGAAAUCUAGUUAUCAGUACUUAUGUCACUUGUCCCGACAUAACUAAAACUGUGACACCAGAUUUGAAGCUUGGUGAUGAUGGUCUUCUCCUCCACAUUGAUUUGGCAAAAGGAAAGCGCCGCCUUGGUGGGUCCGCUCUUGCACAAGUAUAUUGUCAAGUUGGGGAUGAGUGCCCAGAUCUAGAUGACGUCUCUUACCUCAAGAGUGUGUUCAAUGCAGUGCAAAACUUGAUUGAGGAAGGCUUGAUUUCAGCUGGUCAUGAUAUCAGUGAUGGAGGAUUGCUAGUAAGUGUUCUUGAGAUGGCAUUUGCCGGGAACUGUGGCAUUCACUUGGAUUUGACUACUCCAAAGAGCUGUAGUGUAUCUGAAGCACUCUUCGCGGAGGAGCUUGGCCUCAUAAUUGAGGUCAGUAAAAAGGAUGUAGGUGUGGUGACAGAAAAACUCGUGGGUGCUGGAGUAUCUUCCUUGAUCAUUGGCAAAGUCACAUCCUCACCAAUAGUUGAGCUAAAGAUUGAUGGUAUCUCUCAGUUGACUGAAAAAACAUCUGAGCUCAGGGACCUGUGGGAAGAAACCAGCUUCGAGUUGGAAAAAUUGCAAAGAUUGGCAUCUUGUGUGGAACUUGAGAAAGAUGGCCUCAAGAGUUCCCAGAUGAUGAUGUUUUCAACAGUGUACUGA